GGGGGGUGGGAGGAGAGAAUCUGGCGCCGGCUCGGAAGAGCCCCCCGAAACCGGGAGAUUACGGGUUCGAAUCCCACUUGGGGAAGAGUUUGGGUUUAGAAGUGGGGAGUUUAAUUUAAAAGUUUCGGGGUACGGGGUGAGUCCGGCUCUUGGAAGUCACGUCCCCCUUCGUUCUUUAGUUCCUAAGAGGGGAUCUGAGCAGCCGAGGCGCUUGGAAGUUGCCUGGAGUAGUAGGGAGGAAGGGUAGGAGGAGGGUGCCAAAGCUGGGUGAAGGUAGUAGGGGAACCCCAAAGGUUCCUUGGUCCCUAAAGGGAGAGGACAUUGGAGGGGGACUUAAGGGUUAGUUAGGGGGAGAUAUUUUUCAGUUGGGUCACCCAACAGGAGAAGUUGAGUAAGGAGUUGGCCAACCAGCAAUGCAAGAGGCUGAGUCCAACGAGAGGAGCCCGCUCUUAGAGCCCAACGCUCGGUCGUCCGUCUCCUUCCCUCCGGCCAACGUCUUCCAUGGACGGCGCUUGGCGUGUGCUGCGGUGCUUCUAGCGGAGCUGCUGGAGAGGGUGGCCUUCUAUGGCAUCACCUCGAACUUGGUGCUCUUCCUCAAUGGGAUUCCUUACAACUGGGAAGGCGCCCAAGCCAGCCAGGCCCUUCUCCUCUUCAUGGGCAUCACCUACCUGGUCUCCCCUUUUGGGGGCUGGCUGGCCGACGCACUAUUGGGCAAGUUCCCCACCAUCUUGGUCAGCAUGGCGGUCUACCUCUUGGGCAUGCUGGCUUUCCCCGCCAUGGCCAUCCCUCCUAGCCGUCAGUGGCUCUGCGGGGAGCUUCAUCCGUGGCCCAUUGAGAACUGCUCGUCGCCUCUGCAGAGCAAUACCACGUCUGCCCCGUGCCCAUCACACGGGGACACGCGUUACUGUCUCUUCGCCACCUAUGGCGGCUUGGUGUUGGUUGGGCUGAGCGUGGGCUCCGUGAAGGCCAACAUCACCCCCUUCGGAGCUGAUCAGGUGAAGGAUCGAGGUCCAGAAGCCACACGGCGUUUCUUUAACUGGUUUUACUGGAGCAUCAAUUUGGGAGCCAUCCUGUCCCUGGGAGGCAUCGCGUACAUCCAGCAGAACGUCAGUUUCGCCGUCGGCUACAUCAUCCCCACGGUUUGCAUCGGGGUCUCCUUCGUGGUCUUCCUGUGUGGCCAGAGCGUGUUCAUCACCAAGCCGCCGGACGGCAGCGCCUUCACCGACAUGUUCAGAAUCCUGGCUUAUUCUUGCUGUAACCGAAAACAGCCAGAGCGCUUUUCCGGCCCGAGGGGCAGCCAAGGGAUCCUUCACCCGUAUCAGCCUUCCAAGGACAGCCUUUUUGAAGCGGCCAAGGCCUCCCACGGGGGCCCUUUCCGAGAAGACAAAGUGGAAGACGUCAAGGCCUUGGUCAAAAUCAUCCCCGUCUUUUUGGCUCUCAUCCCGUACUGGACAGUCUACUUCCAGAUGCAGACCACCUACGUCCUCCAGAGUCUCCACCUGAGAAUUCCACAAUUUUCCAACAGCACGUCAAACGGCACCACGAAUGCCCACACGUUCCCCGCGGCUUGGCUGACCAUGUUUGAUGCUGUGCUGAUCCUCAUCCUCAUCCCCCUCAAAGACAAAGUGGUGGAUCCCAUCUUGAAGAGGAAGGGGCUGCUUCCUUCCUCCCUGAAGAGAAUCGCCUUUGGGAUGUUCUUCGUCAUGUGCUCUGCGUUCGCUGCAGGAAUAUUGGAAAGCGACCGGCUGAGGAGAGUCAAGACCAAAACCAUUGAUCAGAAGAUUGGGACGGCCGUCUACCAUGCAGCCGACAUGUCCGUCUGGUGGCAGGUCCCUCAGUAUAUUCUGAUCGGGAUCAGCGAAAUCUUAGCCAGCAUUGCAGGUUUGGAAUUCGCCUACUCCGCGGCUCCGAAAUCGAUGCAAAGUGCAAUAAUGGGCCUCUUCUUCUUUUUUUCUGGAAUCGGGUCUUUCGUGGGCUCGGGACUCCUGGAGUUGGUGUCCCUCAAAUCGAUCGGUUGGAUGAGCAAUCACACGGAUUUGGGGAACAUCAACGGUUGCCAUUUAAACUACUACUUCUUCCUCCUGGCGGUCAUCCAGGGUGUCACUCUGCUGCUUUUCCUCAUCGUGUCUGUCAAAUACGACCGCCAGAAGUCGAGGACGAACGCCGGACGGACUUGACGUGACCCGUAACCAGAAGACAACCGAAGUCGGGGGGGGGAAUCGGGAGAUGUGGCUGACCCAGCAGGAAACGGUCAUCCAGAGGGGAAUUUUUCUUUUGACUUGCAUGAUUUUUGACUUUUAGGUUGCCCCCACCUCCCUGCUGUUACUACCACCCCCCGCCCCUGCUAAAGCAGAGAGUGCCUUAUGCUAGCAAACUACUUUUACAGGCUGCAUCCUGUGAUGUAGGCCAGACGUUAUCGGAGGUCGCCAGGUUUCUCUGAAGCUUCUUUCCACCCGUCUGCUCAAGCCGCCUUUGGAACCCGAAAUAACCAACCCAGAAGCAUUUCAACGUCCCUUCCAGUGUGACGGACGGACAGAACUGCAUAACGGAUAACGUGAGAUCCUGGCUUGGAAAUUAUUUGCUUCUCCCCUGGACGCCUUUCCGAGGUUCGUAGGUAAAGGUGCCGACGUCAGGUUUGUGAGUUGCUGUGCAUCGAACCUUCUCUCUCUCCCCCCCCCACACACACGCGAAGACACCGGUAGUCCACAAGGGUAGGACUCCAAAGCUCUACCAACGGCUCUGGCGUUAUGGCUGGGGAUCAUAGGUCGUUUAGUCCAAGCGAUGAAGAGGUCUAGUUCGACAACAAAGGAUAUUUUUUAAGCUACUGUAGGUUUUGGGGGAAGGUUUGGUUUGGUUUUAUGUUAGCAAUUAUUUGGGAGUGUGAAACUGGUUUGGUAUCAUAUUUUGCCUCUUUCAUGAUCCUUCCUUCCUUCCUUCCUCCCUCCCUCCCUAUAUUCUUUCCUUGCUUGCUUCCUUCCUCUUCCCUCUUCCUCCUCCCUUUCUUCCUCCUUCCCUCCCUAUUUCUUCCUCCUCCCUCUUUCUUCCUCCCCUCCCUCCCUCCCUCUAUUCCUUUUUUCCUACCUUCCUUCCUCCUUCCCUAUAUUCCUUCCUUCCUCCUUCCCUCCCUCCCUAUAUUCUUUCCUUGCUUGCUUGCUUCCCUCCUCUUCCAUCUCCCUCUUUCUCCUUCCUUCCUUCCCUCCCUCUAUUCCUUUUUUCCUAUCUUCCUUAUCUUCCUUCCUUCCCUCUCUCCCUCCCUCCCUCCCUAUAUUCCUUCCUUCCUCCCUAUAUUCUUUUCUUGCUUGCUUCCCUCCUUUUCCUUCUCCCUCUUUCUCCUUCCUUCCUUCCUUCCUUCCUUCCUUCCCUCUAUUCCUUUUUUCCUACCUUCCUUCCCUACCUUCCUUCCUUCCUUCUUCCCUCCCUCCCUUCCUCCCUCCCUAUAUUCUUUCCUUGCUUCCUUCCUCCCUCUUCCUCCUUCCUCCCUUCCCUCCCUCCCUAUAUUCCUUUCUUUCUUCCUCCCUCCCUCCCUUCCUUCCCAGAGUUGUUUUUAAAUGACAUAUGGGUUGAAAACAGAGAUGAAAAUGCAAACAAAGUUCUCAAUUUCUCAUCCGCUCGUGUUUUCCAAGUUGUCUCAGAUGCACAACCUUGACUCAACAACCCUUUUAACCAACUCUUUGCACUGAAUUUUAGAGUCGCUGGAAGGAAGAAACUUUGCUUAUAUUUUUGUUUUUUAAAAAAAAUCCUGAGAAUUGCUCUUUAAUUCUUAAGCAGAAUUUUUAAAAAAUACCAAGUAUCUUCCUUUAAACUUGUUUACAAAAACCUUGUGAUGUGAACCUUGUGUAAAUAAAUUUUAAAAAAAGG